AACUACAAGAGGACAGAAGAGUUAACAUCUGAGUUCUAAUUGUUUUACACGCGCAGAAUUAAUUAAUAAACAACCAUUUAAAUUCAGAAGCCGAUGUGAUGGUCUGAUUCCAUGCUUCUACGCCCUUACGGUCACCGAGCUCUCCAAUGUUGCAACAGAGUUCCUCUUCCCGCCGUAGAAUCCCAUUCUCCAUUAAUCCCAACCCUCCUCCCAACUUCUUCUCCAUGCCCUCUCGCCAUCUCUCACCCGCUCCUCCCCAUCCAUGCGGCACUUCGGUCCGGCGGCAUCCUCGACUCCUCGGCCGUCACCCGGGCACUCAAGUCCUCCGUGGAUGUCUUCACCGGCGAACAAAUUCAUUCCUUUUCCAUCUCCUCUGGCCUCAAAUCCUUCGUAGCUGUAUCCAACUCCCUAAUCAGCUUCUACUGCAAAUCUGGUUCAUUUAGCAGUGCUGUCAAGUUGUUCGACGACAUGCCUGACCGAGAUGUCAUUUCCUGGAACACCAUUCUCUGUGGCUUCGCUUCCGGCCACGAUGCUUUAUGUUUCACACAGAGAAUGAGACGAGCUGGGGUUCCUAGUGACCCUGUGACUGUCACUACUGCUCUGUCCAUCUCAGGAGAUCUACAAGAUAUCGACUUUGUCCGCCAGCUGCAUUCCAUUGCUUUCAAAUCUGGGUAUGGUUACGACGAAUUUGUGUGCAAUGCUCUAAUUACUGCUUAUUCCAGGCGGGCCUGUUUUUCGGAUGCCAAGUUUGUGUUUGACGAAAUGCCUGUUACAACUUUGGUUUCAUGGAAUGCGCUGAUAUCCGGGCUCAGUCAAGAAGGAUAUUUCGGACUUGAGGCAAUUAAGCUUUUUGUUAGAAUGGUUUCUGUUGAAGGCUUGAUCCCUGACCAUAUCUCUCUCGCGAGUGCUAUUACAGCUUGUGCACAGGAAUCAAACUUUUGUCUUGGACGCCAAAUACACGGCUCUGCAACCAAAAUAGGCCUCGUUACUCAUAUAUCAGUUUCAAAUGUUCUCAUGUCUAUGUACUACAAGUAUGAUGAUGUCGACUGUGCUACCAAAGUUUUUUUUGAUAUGGAAGAUAGGAAUGUCAUUUCAUGGACUACCAUGAUUUGCAUAGAUUCAAGCAGUGCUGUUUCUCUAUUUAACAGCAUGAGAAUGGAUGGAAUACAGCCUAAUGAUGUAACUUUUGUUGUUUUGGCUAAUUCUGUAUCUCCCAAAAAUUUCAUUCAAGAGGGUGAAAUGAUUCAUGGCGUCUGCUUCAAGACCAGAUUUUCCACUGAAGUUACUGUGUCAAACACCCUGAUAACUAUGUAUGCAAAGUUAUCCUACAUGGAAGGUGCAAGAAAGAUAUUUGAAGAAAUGGAGAACAAGGAAAUAGUAACUUGGAAUUCUUUGGUGUCUGGCUAUGCGCAGAAUGGGCUUUGUGAUGAAGCUCUCCGAAUGUUCUCCUCAGCUAUUAUGCACUGCAAGCCAAACCAUUAUACAUUUGCAAGUGUUAUUAGUGCUAUUACUUCUGCUCAAACCAUUUACUUAACAUAUGGUCAGAGAUGCCAUUGUUCGAUCCUUAAGCUGGGUCUCAAUACUAAUGAACAUGUGGCUGGUACACUAAUUGACAUGUAUGCAAAGCGAGGCAGCAUCGACGAAUCCUUGAUGGCAUUUGGUGAAACAGUCAACAGGAGCUUGAUCAGUUGGACUGCAAUCAUUUCUGCAUAUGCAAAGCAUGGUAGUUUUGAGAUUGUUAUGAAACUGUUUGAAGAAAUGCUGAGUUCCUAUGUUCGGCCUGAUCAUAUAACCUUCCUGGCAAUUCUUACAGCUUGUUGCUGUAGUGGGAUGGUUACUGUGGGACAGAAGAUUUUUUAUAUGAUGGUAAUUGAAUACAAGCUUCAGCCAUGGCCGGAGCAUUAUGGUUGUAUAGUUGAUAUGCUGGGGAAAGCUGGGAAAUUAGUGGAGGCUGAAGAAUUUCUGGAGAAAAUACCCAAUGGGCCCGGGAUUUCAGCAUUACAGAGCUUGCUGGGGGCUUGUAGGCUUCACGGGGAUAUGGAGAUGGGUAAGAGAGCAGCAGGGGCUUUAAUGGAGAAGGAGCCAUUAGAGUCUGGGCCUUAUGUGCUCAUGUCAAAUAUAUAUGCAGAUGCUGGGGAGUGGGAAAAUGCAGCAAGAGUUAGGAAAAGGAUGAGAAAUAGAGGUGUGAAAAAAGAAGUGGCCUUCAGUUGGGUAGAUGUGAGAAUGGCGGAUUUGUUACACAUGCACAAGUUCUCUUCAGAUGAUAAUACUCAUCCACUAUCAGAACAGAUAUACGGAGUUGCAGAGAGUUUAGGGAUGGAGAUGAAACUAAUGGAAGAAGAGGCAUUAUUAGCAGCUUAAAGUGUGAGCUUUAUGCACUUUGGAUUAUGUCCAUGGCCGGCAAUUCAUAGAGAGUUUUUAUGAAUAUUUCUAUCUUCUCUGCUUGGCUUGCUGAUCUAAUUAGUUAACUCCGGGGGUUGUGAAGCAAAAUAUGAAGCUUUCUCCGGGUUGGGAUGUAUUUUUUCUGCUUGUGCAUAGUCAUCGUUCAAUGGAUUGACUUCAUGAGCAGUACUAUAUGGCAGCGGAAGGCUAACUUGUUUCAAAUGGGGUAAGCAGGUAAGGGCAUUUCCAACUGAAAAACUUGUUUUUCACUCUAAAGCGCAGUGAAACUUCAAAAUGUUGUGAUUCAUCUCCAAUCGAUCUGCAUUUCUUUCUUCUUUUGCAAGCUUCCUGCGAACGUAACAAUCUCUCUCCUCUUUUGCGCCCUUUUCUCCUCUUUCGCCCUCGUCUUCGGCAAAUUCGGCAACUCAAUUUUUUGUUGUAGGUGAAUAGUGUGAUGCUAAUAUUGGCGUUGCACUGUUCAGCUACGGAAUUUUGGCGUGAGAUUUGAAGUUCGAAUGCAGCGAAUGGCAGACAACAUUCGGUGGCAUGUAGUUCGGUUGGAGAUGGUCUAAUCCUUAUAAAUUGCCGGCCAUACCAUUUUAAGUGCUGUUUAUUUUUUAUUUGGAAAUUGAAAUGACGAGCAAUAAAUUAUAAUAAAAUAUCUGAUUUGAAUCUAUGAUCUUGGAGAAACAAUCAUCUCCUCUGAUCAGUGG